AUGGAGCGACUACAGGAUCCCGUAACAGAAUGGGACGUCAAUAAGGUGCACACUUGGCUCUCUCAAAUUGGGUAUCCGACCUACGAACUACAACUAAAAGAACACGGCAUCACCGGCGAAAUUUUAGUUCACAUGGAUCAUGAAGCUCUUAAAGAUAUCGGGAUUCGUUCGGUCGGCCAAAGAGUGUCAAUAUUAAAAGCCAUUUAUAAUCUCAAACUUCAACAUAACGUACCAGUUGAAUUGCUCGAUUAUGUCCCGCCUUCCGCGGAAUUUGAAAAUGAAAUGAGUAUGGUUAAUGGGAUGCCGGACAUUCGAAAAUUCGAAAAUGCAUUGCAAGAAAGGGAUGGGUUGAUAGCUCAACUGUCAAGAGAAAUAACACGACUUUCAAAUGACUUAUCAAAAUUACGAGAGGAAUUACAACCAGUUUUCAAAUUUGUAGCAAAAGAAAACAAGCCAUUACCUGAGCCAGACUGGCAAAAUCCUGUCAAAGGAAAAUAUAAUUCAAACUCUUCCAAAAAUCUGUCUGUACAAGUACCAGGUACAAAUUAUUCAAUAAGGUCUUCUUCAUUUCAAAAUGAAGGACUAAGUGCGCCACCUUCGCCACGAUCUCCGCGAGAAGGAGGAAGUCGUGCUCUACCGCAAGUUACCAUUAAUGAUCAUUCGGGGGAAUUUAAAUUCAUGCAAAAUCAAAAUACUGGAAGAGAAGCGGAAACUUUCAAAGCUUUCCGUGUAUCAGUAGAGGAUCCUUGCUAUAAAGUAUUGCCAGCAGCAUUGAAAAAAUAUAAAAUUACAGACGAUUGGCGUCAAUAUGCAUUGUUUAUAUGUUACGGCAAGGAAGAGAAAUGCUUAAGUUACGAGGAAAAACCAUUAUUAUUAUUUCAAAAAUUAAAGGAACAAAAUCUCAAUCCAGUUUUUAUGCUGAAAAAUAUAAAGGAAAUUAAAUCUCCUUUUGCAACCGCUAAAGAGAUUAUAAAUUCACUUAAAGCAAGUAAAGCAAAACGAAGGACAACACUUCUUAAUAAGGAAUUGCCACCUGCACCUCACGAAGGAAACGGAGAAGCUGGCUCUUCACCCUCAUAUAAUCCAUCAAAUUUCGAUGGAUUUAUCGAAGAUGAUCAAUCAGAAGUGACACUGGUAGAAGGAAAUGGAACAGCCGUGGCUAUUUAUCCAUAUAAUCCAGAGCUGGAGGAUGAACUUAAGAUUCUUGUUGGCGAUGUUUUUAAUAUAAAGAGUAAAUCGGGUGGGUGGUGUUUUGUAGAGAAAGAGGGUCGAGAAGGAUGGGUUCCACAAAAUUGUUUAUUAGAGACAACGGUGAACGGUGGUGAUAUGAUGGAUAGUGAUAGUCCGCUGGUGGGGAGAGGUAUUGCAUUGGUUGAUUACCAUAGUAGAGGUGGUGAUGAACUUACUAUGAAAAAGGAUGAUCAUCUUCGAAUUUACAAAAUGGAUAAUUAUUGGUUAUAUUGUGAGAUUAAUGGAGUUCGUGGAUGGGCACCAAGUUGGUAUGUGCGAAUAGAUAAACCAGUGGCUGAUGACGUAGAAAGUGAGGUUGAUCCUACAAGUCCGCGGCGACAAAAUCAUAAUACUUCCAAUAAUGAUAGUAACGGCAAUACCAAUAAUAUUAAUGGACAACAACAAUCAAGAGCUGUACAUUCACCUACAAGAAUUAAUCAUAAUGAUAGUUCAUUUUCUAGUCCAUAUGAAGGAUUUUUGAUUUAA